AUGAUUAACAAUACAAGAGAUAUCUCCAUUUUACAACAACCACUGGAUGAUUACUUAUCCAAGGACUUAUCCUUAGGUGAACUAGAGGUUCUGGAGUCUCAAACAAGCUUACCAAAGUUUGAUGAUGAGACCGCUUUUGAAUUAGGUUGUUUUAUUAGAGCAGAAGCUCGUAAAAUGUUCCCUGACAAAUGUAUCACUAUUGAUAUCUCAUUGCCUUCUCGUCAUUGUUUAUUCCGUUGUACUUCCAUCAAUGGAUCUUCUUUGGAUAACACUAAAUGGGUUGAACGUAAACAAAAUACAGUGUUCCGUUUCAAUCAUUCGACUUUCUUUAUUCGUCAAAAGAAGGGUGAUAUCCCCAUGGAACAAAGAUUUUUCAUCUCUGCUGAAGAAUAUGCUUUCCAUGGUGGUGCUGUUCCAUUAUUCGUUGAUAACGUUUCUUCGCCAAUUGCAUGUUUGACUAUUAGUGGCUUGAAACAAGAACAAGAUCAUUUCUUGGCUACUACUGCAUUGCUACAUUUUAAAAAAUUAUUAUGA